AUGUUUCCCCCUCUCCUCCCUAUCUAUGUAUAUUUUAGCACAUUUGUAAGAUCUGUUUACUCUGUGAAAAGUCUUAUUGAUGAGUUACCUCCCUUGCCACCACCUGACACUGACCCUAGUAAUGAACCACAAGAUACAAGCAUAAGCCCACCAAAAGAAGAAAGCCCUCCCCCUAUACCUCCCAGAAGUCCUACGCUACUCAAAAAUCUAUGGCAAUCAACCAAAUUUGAAACUAUGCAGGAAGAUAACAGGAGCGUUGGAAGCGUGGAAAGUAUUCCGGGAACCCUAGCUCAUGUGCAAUCUGUGGAUGCCACAAUGACAGGACGAACUUCUCCACAGGACAUGCCUCGGAAGCCACCAAGACGGCGUCACCCAAGCCCGAAGAUCAAUCCUGAUGGCAAGGGGAGCGACUCACCAUCAUCUCUUACACAGUCCUAUGAUGGAAGUUCACCUUUGCCAGAACAGAGCCAUUCUCCUUAUUCUAUAAUAAAUCCAGACACAGUGUUUCACUCCCCUUAUGAGUGUCGGCCAUCGGCACGAGAUUCUGACAGCCAUGGAAACACUGAAGUGGUUGUGAUGCUAAACUAUGAGUCCGAACCCCGAAGUGGGGUUGCUGGUCAGAAAAAUGCUGCUGCUCUUGCCGAGCGUGAGGGCAUUGCUGGUGGGCUGCCCAUGCGGUCAAGCCGGACGGGUUGCAUACGUGAAAAGCCACCACUUGACCACUCGCUCUCUCAUCCGCACUCUACACGCUCACUGAAACGGGAAAAGAGGAAACACCGAAGUGAGUCUGAAGUGACCACCGAGAUCUCUUACACAGAAAUCCAGAAACCUAUAAUGGUUGUUGUCAAUUCAACAGAAGGUGAACUGUGCAAUCGCAGCAGUCGAAACAUCACACGGGUCGAGGUAAAAACGACCCCUGUGAAAACGACCCCCCUGAAAGUGGAAGUGAAGGACCUUAGCAUGGGUGCUCCUAAUGUUGGACACUUUGCAGAGGAGAAAUGCCGGAGUGAGAGCUUCUCCAGGAGAACCCCGGAACCUCCUUCACCUCAGCCCCACCAGCCUCCCCAAAAGACACAGCCACAUGGGAUGACAACAGCAGCAUCCGCAGUGAUGACGACAACAAUUGUGGCUGAUGCACCCAUAACAACGGAGUUUAUGGAUGACGAAACCACUGAUGAUGCAAAUAAUAAUAUUGAAGGGGUUAGCAUGUCUGAAUCAAAAAGUUUUCUUGAGGAGGUUACAAAACACCAAUACACUAGUGAGGACCAGAGGAAUGAUUCAGAGGUUGCUAGCCACUUUGAAACUGGAGAGGCCUUGGUACCAACUACACAAGAUAUUCCACAAACAACAAGCAAAAUUGCCAAGCCACCGUCUCUGGAGUUUGAUCACAAGCGUUCUAGUCGGGUGAGCACGGAAUAUCCCGUCAGCCCAACAGGAUACCCACAGCCUCCUACCCCAGAUUUCCCUCCACCCUCCCCAAGCACUGCAGUUAUUGGCAUCCAACAGAAAAUUAAUCCUCUUGUAAGUAAUAUUCUUUAUUUUAUUUUAUGA